AUGGAUUUAUAAUCUGAAGAAAAUCUAGAGUAAAUUGGAAAGUAAUAAAAUGAUUCAAGCUUCUCAUCUUAAUCAGAUAUUUAAGAUAAUAAGUUAGAUUAAUAUGAAGAGGAGCAGAAAUAGAAAUAUUAACAUCAAUUUGAAUAAUUUGGAUUGAAAGCCGAAAUAGAGGCAUGCUAACAAGAUUCAAAAGAAUAUAUUAAUGAUAUAUCAGCAAUAUAUCUAACAGAAUCUGAAAGAGAGAUUUAUAUUCAUACAUUUAAAAAACAUCUAGGCCAUAUACUCAUAAUGGUUUGCAGCAGAAAUUAAAUUACUGAAAUACAUUGGAUAAGUGAUGAACUUUUGAAUAAAAAAAUUGACAAGCUUUCUGAUUAGAAUCAAUAAGAAAAUGACUAAAUUGUUACUAGAUAUAUCCAUAAAAAUAGAUAAUUAGCAUGUCUCUUAAGAAGGGUAAAUGAUUAAAUUUAAGCAAUUAUAGGAUAAACUGAUGGGAAAAUUCUUUUUAUAAAUCCUCUAACUUCUUAAUGCACUUUAGAAUUAUAGUUUGGUGAUAAUAUUGUAGAUUUAUUACUAGAAAAGCAUUAUCUUAUUUUCAUAACUAAAUCUAAAUACAUUUCAGUUGUAGAUAUUUAAACAAAAUAAAUAGUUGCUACUUCAGAAUAAAUGUAGAUAAAUAGCUCUUAAAACUGCCUAGAAAUAAUAGAAAGAAACGAUAGAGGUAUUAAAUUUGCAAGUGGUAAUAAAGGAAGUGCAGUAUAGAUAUGGAGUCUUUUGUUACAAAAUAAUUAUUCAAAAUAAAUAGAAAAUGAUUUAUAAAAUUAAAGUGUUUAAAUGAAGUUUAUGUAUAAGUUAGAUACUUUGUAAGUAUGGAAUCUUACAGUUGAUUGUCUAAAAUAUUUUAAAAAUACUAAAUAGAAGAAUUGGAUGACAAUUGAUUAUGAAUAAAGAAAUUUUGAUAGUUCUAUUUUAGCUUGUGCAGGGAGCUUUUAUGAUGCUUCGAUGAAAUAUAUUGUUUAAAUAUUUAAUUGGAAAACAAAACAAUUAUUGAGAAUUAUUUAAGAUGGACAUAAGGGAUGGGUUAAUUCUUUGAAAUUUUUUAAUGAUUAAAGCGGGUAUUUUAUUGUUGGAAGUGCUGAUAAAAACACUACGAUUUAUAGUGCUUUAAGUGGAUAAAUAGUUAAAAGGUUUAUUGAAUAAGACUUAGUCGUUAUGCAUGCUUUGAGGUUAUUAAAUUUAAAUUCUGAAUAAUAGAAAUAACUGAAUUUAUCAACAAAUUCUGUGUGUAUACUCGGAGUAAAAGAUUAAGACAAGCUUUUUAUUCGUUUAAUUUUUUGA